AGCACACUGCUUUGCAGAAGAAGAAGAGGCAGCUCUAGAAUUUCUUGUAGCCGUGGCAAUCUUGGUGAAACUCGGAAAGAACCAUAAUGACUACAGACAUCGGAUCAACUGCCCAGGACCAGGCUCAAGAUGAAGAGCCGGGGAGGACAGAGGAGACAACCAGGCAGGAAACGCGCGAUCAGGUGUGGCUCCUUGUUGCUGCGUGGGUCACCGCCGCUGUCUGCGGAGCUCUCGCGGGGGUGACCGCCGGUGGAGUGGUCUACCUCCUUGGUAGCAGCGAUACCACGGAACCACCAACGAUGACAUCCCCUCGAGCAUAUAAAGUGUGCACAACGCCUGGCUGUCGGUUCGUUGCUGAAUCUCUUAUUCUGGCGCUCAACAAAAGUAUCAACCCUUGUGACGACUUCUAUGGCUUUGUGUGCAGCCGCUAUCAGGGACGAUACGAACGUACUCUAGUUGCCCUACAGUUUGAAACGUGGAGUUUUAUGACAGCCCUCCUGGAAAGUGAACCGGUUCCGCAGAGAGGGCAGACAGCGAUGCAGAAAGCGGCUGCCCUUUACCGGGCAUGCAUGAAAGUAUACGACGAACCAACAAACAACGUCAAGGAGCUCAAAGACUUCAUGGGAGUUACAAUCGGAGUUACAAUCGCACUCCAGCAAGACACGACGAAUAACGUGCUCGAGAAGAUUAUACAGCUGGCUUUUGAGUACGAUAUUUCCACGAUGAUGUCUGUGCAGUUUGGAAACAGUUUGCUGGACAGAAAUGUAAAUACGUUCACACUUGAACUAAACCUGAAGAAUAUCGCGUGGUACAAUCUGAGGAAUGAGAAACGAGCGAAUCUCGCAGCAAUAUAUGUUGUGUAUUUCACCCGGUACGGCUUCACAAAACAGCAAGACGUUUUGGGCAUUAUACAAAAGCUGUCAGCACUUGAGGACUCCGCAACGGUAAUACUUGCAAGGAAGUCUCAGGGUAUAAAACAGGAUUCCAUCUAUAUCAUGGUCGAGCUGAAAUCAUUAGGACCGAUCACUCCAAACGUACGAGCGAACGAUUGGUUAACACAUAUCAAACGAUAUUCCAACAAUGCAUACAGUGAAAACACUCGAGUCAUAGCCAACAGAGUAGCUCUGGAAUUCAUCGACAGCAUGAUAGGUACGCACACAGCUUCUGAUCUGAAGUUACUGUUGGCGUGGGACCUUUUGCGGACUUUCUUGCGUUACGUAGACACAACCAUCCUGCGUGAUACAGAAGAAGAGAGAACUCGGCAGACUCGGCAUUGCAUGAUGCAAGCCGAAGAAGUGAUGCCGAUUGCUCUGGCUGCCCUGUACAUCUACAAAACCGUUACGCCUUCGGUUGUAACAGCUGUCCAGCAGAUGACGGAACACAUCCGAGAAGCAUACCUCGAAGCAAUCCAGGGCGCCAAAUGGUUAGGCCAAGGACCGAUGCAGGUCGCAUCGGCAAAGCUAAAAGCAAUGAGGUUUCACGUCGCUUUCCCGGAUGGCAUGAGAAACGAGACUGAGCUCAACGACUAUUACAAGGACAUGCCCGACGUUGGAUCAGAUUUUUUUACGUCGUGGGUAACUGCGGCGCGCCUCAUAAGGCGCAAACUUUUGAACAAUGCCAACACUGCCAUAUUUCCCGGCAGUACUGUGAAUGCUUUCUACGUGAUACUCAGAAACCAUAUAGCCAUAUUGGCUCCAAUUAUUAACCAGCCGGCUUUCAUUGCCGAUGCCUCAGCUUCCAUCAAUCUUGCCGGGCUAGGGGCCAUUAUCGGACACGAAAUGACGCACGGCUUCGACGUCACCGGUAGUACGAUCGACGAACAAGGAAACCAGCGGGAUUGGUGGACACAGUCUGCUCACGAUCACUACGUUUCUGCAGGCCUCUGUCUCCGGAAAUCCCACGAAAGGUACGUGCAGCGGCGUGCGGAUCAACUGGACCCCAAGAAAGACUCGGAAAACAUAGCCGAUUUUAUUGGACUAAACAUUGCUCUCAGGACCUUCAAAAGGUUGAACCCGAGCACAGAAACUGUGCUGCCUGGUCUUCCGUACGAUGCGACUCAGCUAUUUUUCUUAUCGAGCUGUUUCAAGUGGUGUAGCAAGCCGGGUGCAAGGGGAUCGGAGCUGUACGCGCCAAAUAGUGCCCGCUGCAGUGUCCCCCUCAUGAACAUUCGCCUUUUCUCGGAGGCGUUCGGGUGCAAGAAGGGGGACAAGAUGAAUCCCGAGAAUAAGUGCUCAUUUUGACACAAGAGAUGUUCAAGAGAGGACCUUCUGUGAGAUGAUAUUGAAAACUUGCAGCGACUUUUUAGAAAUGUUCUUUCUUAUUGGGAGAUUUUGUAAGAGUUUCUAUUCGAUGUGGUGUCUCUAUGCAGGUACAAUGUCAGAAAUGUGUGUUCUCGCUUGACUCGAAUACAGUUGUUACCAAGAG